AUGGCGAAGAAACCUAUAUCUGAGGAAGAAUGCCAAAACAUGAUUCAAAAGAGUUUCCGAACUCCAAUGGUGAGGUUUUUGAGGGAACGUUUGGAGAAAGCUGGGUGUGGUAUAGGAGACAAUUUUUUCAAAGCUGUUACUUGCGACCAGCAAGUGGCUGGUUCUUAUGUUCGUCGUGAAGGGGUAAAAGUGUGCAGUAACUAUGUACGAAAGCAAUACGAAGUUGACCAGGUGGUAAUUCGUGAGUUAAUUCAUGCGUUUGAUGACUGUCGUGCUGCCAACUUGGAUUGGUCUGAUUGUGCUCACCAUGCUUGUACUGAGAUACGAACUAAUCACCUAAGUGGUAAUUGUCACUAUAAACGGGAACUACUACGAGGUUUUUUGAAACUACGAGGGCAUGAACAGGAAUGUGUGAGAAGAGAAGUUUUGAAAUCUUUGUCUGCAAACCCCAAUUGCGCUGGUUAUGCUGCCAAGGAUUCCAUGGAAGCUGUGUGGGAUGUCUGUUACAAUGAUACACAACCCUUUGACAGAGCUCCUUAA